AAAAAGUCUCUCUCCCCUACAGUUUGAAAAACUAGCCGUUACCAUCGAUUUUCAAGAAACCGAUCAACUCUCAAAGAUCUUCACCAAAUCUGCACAAUUCUUCCUUAUUUGGGUUCUCUCUUUCUAUUUUGAAAUCUUUGAAUUUACUGGAAACCAUUGUUCGCUCUCUGGCUAAUAAUCAAUCCGAUGGCCUUGCCUUCCAACAAGUCAUCGUCUUCCCCAAUUUCAGGCAGAGCAAACCCUAAUGCAAGAAAUUCAGAAAUGGGAAAUCCCAUUAGAAGGAGCUUCACCGGGAACCCAUUUACUAAACCUUCCAUUGUUGCGAACCCAAGAGGUUUCAACCACAAUACCCCCGUUAAUAGUCCAGAGCAUCUGAGAAGAAACUCCGUGGGCAGAGAUACCAUAGUAACUUUGCGAGAUUACGAGGACAAAGAAAACGGGAAAGAUCAGAAUUCAAAACCUUCGAAAGUUCGAUCGCCAAUGGGUUCAAAGGGCACGAAGAAUUUUAUGUCUCCAACGAUUUCAGCCGCUUCCAAGAUCACUCAGUCGCCGAGGAAGAAAAUUUUGGCAGAGAGAAACGAACCACUUCGAGCUUCAGUCACUUUCUCUGAAUCCAAAAUCCCAACUUUCAGUCAAGCAAUUGCAGAAUCAGAGCACAAGGAGGAAGAUUUAACAGCUUCUCUGAAUCCUAAAACUUCCAAAAGCGAACCAGCCCAUGAGACAAUUCGGACUUCUGUCUCUUUCUCUGAUUCCAAAAUCCGAACUUUCAGUCAAACAAAUGCAGAUUCAGAGCGCAGGGAAGAAGAAGACCCAACAGCUCCACUGGAUUCCAAAGCUUCAAAAACUGAACCAGUCCAUGAUUCCACGGAACCAUUGGGUUCCAAUAAUUUACCGGAGACUCUUUGCGAACCCCAGAACUCUAAUGUCACCGAGGAAACAGAUUCUGUUAACCUGGAUCCUAGUUUCAAGAUUAGCCCUCCUGCGAUUUCGUAUCAGUCUUCUUCCUUGUUUCCUACCGUUGUUUCCCUGGAUUCAGACCCAUCAAUGCCUCCUUAUGAUCCCAAAACCAACUAUCUCUCUCCAAGGCCUCAGUUCCUUCAUUACAGACCCAAUCCUCGAGUUGAACUCUAUCUCAACAAGGAAAGAGAAGGAAAGCGGCUGGACGACAGCUUCAUCUCCGAAAUCUUUUCUGAUUCUGAUGCAACUGAAGAAACCCAGUCUGAGAGUUCACAGAAAGAGUUGGAGGAUUUUUCUUCAAGUGAAGUAAUAGAAACCAAAGAGAAGCUAGAAGAAGAGCUACUUGUUUCUGAACCAAGCCCUGCAUUUAUGUCAGAGGAGAUUGAUGAAUCAUCAAAAGGGGAAACUAGGCCACGCUUCUUUUGGUGGAAAAAGUUCAUUGCACUGCUUAUGGUCCUAUCGUUUGCUUGUUUGUCGAUUUCGAUUACCAAUUCCCCCGUCAUUGAUCAUUCUAUGUUUGAGGGAGCAACCUUCUUGAAGCUGUAUGAUCAUUUCGAAAUUGCUGAAUUUGUGAGAACGAGUUAUGAUGGGUUGGAUAGAAAUCUUCAGGUUUGGUCAUCAAAAUCCAUGUCUUACCUUGCUGAGUUGAUUUCAAAUCUCAAUGGAGAAAAACGCGAAUUGGGCUCCUUGCAUUACUGCAACUUGACUACUUUGCUUAUGGAUGAUGUAAAGAGUAAUGGGUAUAUGGUGUUAGAUCACGAUAAUGAAGGAAGCGCUGAAGUGAUUAUGUCUGGAUCAACAGGAAGAAGAAAGGUCCAUAUUGAAUUUUCGGAAGAAAAGGGUCAGCCAGAAAUUGGAGAUUCUGAGGAAAUUGCAGAUUCAUUUUCAGAAAUACAUCCUAUUCCAGAAUGUGAAGAACAAGCGGAUCUAGAGGCAGAACCACUAGCUAAUCACAUCAGCCCAGACUCUGAAGAAGUGCAUCAAGCUUCUGAAUUUGAGGUAGUUGAACCCUUGUUUGAUCACAUAAAUCCAGACACUGAAAAAUUGCAUGAAGCUCCAGAAUCCGAGUUAGUUGAACCCCAAGAAACUGAUGUUUCUGGUCAAGUUUCCAUGGUAACAGAAAGCGCGACAAACUCGAAGGAGGAACCAGUUCGGACUUCUCAGGCUGGUGAAGUCCAAUCCAAAGUUUCUGAAGCUGUAGUGGAACUCGAAGAUAAAAGUGAAAUAAGUUCUCUAGAAGUGGUUCCUCUAAAAGAAGCGGAAGAUCUUACCGUAAAUGGGAAUUCUGAACGUACAUUUUCCAAAUCGAAUGUGUUGGGAAUUGCCUACUGGUUUUUGCCUCUAAUUGCGGUUGCCUUCAUCUUUAUGAAGAGAAGGAAUGAUAACAACACAGCCUUAAACGCUUAUAAUACUGCAAGGGUCCAACCAUUUGUGACUAAGAAAUUGGACUAUAUUUCUACUAUACCAAUCAAUCCUGAUCAGAACACUUUCGAGGAAAAACCAGCUUCUUGGAACUGGGUUGGAGAGUCAUGUCCUUCCGAAAUGAGCAGCUUUGGAACAAGCAGCUCCUUUUACAGCAAGAGAUCAUUGAAGGGCUUAAAUGAAGCUGAGAGCCAAGGCAGAAAAACAAGGAAGAGCAACAACAAUCGUAGGAGAGAAUCCUUGGCUUCUUCUUGCAUGGAUUCCUCAAUGGGUUCACCCUCCUAUGGAAGUUUCACAACAUAUGAGAAAAUUCCAAGCAAGAUUGGAUAUGCAGAUGAAGAAACUAUUACUCCUGUUAGGCGCUCAAGCAGAAUCAGAAACCUAGUCACUUCUCCUUGAUGGGGUUGAAGAACAAUAUAUGGUUUUUCAUUUAAAAAAAAAAAAGAAAGAAUCAAUUUGGCUUUUUUUCUGCAUUGCGUGGCUGCGCAAUUUCUAGUUUUUUAGUUUGGUUUGCUUGUGGGAGUAGCAGCAGUUGGCUUACAAUACUUGGCUUUGUAUUGGGGUGUUUUUACUAACACUGUUGUGAUUUAGCUGUGUAGGACCCGGAUGAUUCUUGGUAAUUUUUAACAUUCUUUUUCCUAGCA